CUUAGCUUCCAUCCAAUGAGCAGUGGGGCGGGCCGCGCGUCAGCACUUCGAUUGGUCGAGGCGGCCGUCAAUCCGCGGGCGGGGUGGGACGGGGGCUCAAAGUGCGGAGGUCGCAAGCUGCGCGGUGCGGUGCGGUGCGGGAUGGCCAGCUGGAGCCAGGACCGGAGCCUGCGGGAGGACCUGACAUGUGCCAUCUGCUGCCAGCUUUUCAGCGAGCCUGUCAUGCUGGAUUGCAUGCACCACUUCUGCAAGGCCUGCAUCCAGGGCUACUGGGAGAGCUGUGCCCAUGUCCCCUCCUGCCCCCAGUGCCGCCGCGAGUUCCCCAGCCAGGGCUUCCGCACCCACUACCUGCUGUCGGGGCUGGUGGAGAAGGUGCGGCGCUGUGGCUUCGCAGAGCACCAGCACAAGAUGCGGAAGCACCUGGCAGAUGCUUUGCAAGCUCGUCAGAAAGAGAUGGAGAAAUUCUUGGAAAGGAAGCAUGCAACACAGGAAGCUAUCAACGGCCUGACGAAGGUGUCUGGGGAGCUGAACUUGAAGAUCCGGGCAGAGUUUGCCUGCCUUCGUCAGAUCCUGGAAGAAAAGGAGAGAGCUGUGCUGGCAGAGCUGGGUGAAAAAGAAGAGCAGUCGCUGGCACAGCUGCACAGGGAUGUCCACUUGCUGGAGGAGGGGAUAUCGGUGCUGCAGAGGGACAUAGAGCGCAUAGAGCAGUCCCUGAGCAAGGUGGAAGAGGUGUCAUUGCUGGAGGUGGAGAGCCUGAAUAUCAGGCCCUCGGUGCGCGUUGAGACCCAGCCUGCCUUCAGCCUGCAGCACUACAGGGACAGCCACAGCGGCCCCUUGCAGUACAUGUUCUGGAGACAGAUGCUGCAGUCUAUCCACCCCGCUCCUGCCCCGCUCACCUUUGAUACUGAGUCAGCCCACCCCAACCUGGUGUUCUCCAGAGACCUGACAGCAGUGACAGAGAGGAAUCGAGCCCUGCCUGUCCCCAGCAGCCCCCGGCGCUUCCUUCAGUGUGUCAAUGUCCUGGGCUUGCAGACCUUUGACAGCGGCCAGCACUACUGGGAGGUUUGGGUGGGCAGCAAAACCAAGUGGGACCUGGGGGUGGCCAAUGAGGCUGUGGACCGGGCGGCAAAGGUCAAGCUGUGCCCGGAGAAUGGCUACUGGACGCUUCGCCUGCGGAACAAGAAUGAAUACUGGGCCACCACCACCCCCUCGGUGCGCCUGACUCCCCGCCAGCCCCCCCGGAAAGUGGGGGUCUUCCUGGAUUGCCAGGAGGGCACUGUCACCUUCUUUGAUGCCAGGGACAUGUCCCACCUCUUCACCUUCCACCAGGUCUCUGCAGAGAGGUACUGCCCCUUCUUCAGCACCUGCUUCAGUGAUGGGUGGGACAACAUAGAGCCCAUGCGCCUCUGCCACCUGGCCCUGUGAGGGAUGAGGAAGAGCAGGGUGCUCUGGGGACACCAGCCUGGCUCCUUGCCCCUGCCGGUUGGCUGCCUGGGGCCAUGCUGGAGGCCAGUUCUGCACACACACCUGGUGGGUGUUGAAGGGGUUGUUUCACUUUCUGUUUUGAGAGGAGGGAGGGGGACGAGUCUCUUCUUAGCUUCUGUCUGCCUUCCUUUCCCUGUGGCAUGGGUUGUGGGCGAUGCACUCUGUUCCUGGAGGUGCGUGGCACUCCUCGAGGAACAACCUUCCAUGCUUGAGCAUGGUGCGGUUCGGUGACCACAGCCACAGGCCGCUUUCACCUCUCGUUUCUCUGUACUCGCAUUCAUAAACCCUGUGGAGGAGGACGGCAGCCCCGGAGGCACCUGAUGGUGCUCUGGACACCUGGCAGCGGGCUCCCUCGGCUCCGAGCUGUGGGGAAGGGCUUCAGGCUGGCGGCAGAGGGAGCCCGGUGCGCGGCGUGGGACCUGCUGCGGCCCGGGGACUGCGCUGCCUGCCCUCUGCUUGUCACCAUUAAAGUUCGUUGGAAAGGC